AAAAUGAAGGAAGUAAUUUAUAUUGAAAAUGUUAUAUAUUACCCUAAAAUCUAUGUAUAAGCAGUUGAAAGUUUUCUUUUUAAAAAAAAAAAAAAACUAAAAGUUGAAAGUAUUGAUGAAAUAUAUUCAUUAAUUACACCCAUUUACGUGUGAUUUUGUAAUGCAUAUCUAAAUUAAUACAAUACAAAAUAAGGAAAAAUAAGAGGUUGGAGGGUCGAAGAGAAUAUACCCCAAUGUAGAUACCCCUAGUAAAAACAAAAGAAUCUUCUCUAUUUAAGCAAAGUACCACUAGCUAACCACUUAAUGUAUUAGGGUUUUUUUAAUGCCAGUGUCCCACCCUACACCUUCGUACCUUCUCCUAAUCGAGACAAAGUUAUUUUUCACAUUAUCUCAACUUCUAAAACUUUCAAUUAUAGUUAUUAAUUUAUCCGUACUUCAAUAUGAACUACCAAAAAGGAAGCCAUAUUUCCGGUGACCCUCCAACGCCUGUAACCCGGGUAAGCAUCCACCCUAAGCACAACCAUGUAAUCCAUUGCGUCUUAGGGUUCAAGAACCCUAUCGACGUAAACACCCUUAAAGACGAGUUAUCCAACUCCGUCAUGGUCAAAAUACCACGUUUCUUAAGCCUACUAGUUGUGGAUAAUAACAAUGGUACUGAACAUUGGAAAAAAACCGAUGUUAACCUAGAUGACCACAUCUUCAUCCAUGACGACGAUGAUGAUGAUGGUGAACCACCAAUGUCCGAUGAUGAUGCCAUCAACGCGUACUUGGCAGACAUAGCCUUAUCACCACCCAUGAGCUUGGACAAGCCAUUAUGGGAGCUACACAUCAUGCAUAAGCAUAAGUGCUCAAUAUUGAGAGUACACCAUGCAGUAGCUGAUGGCAUGUCAUUGAUGUCAUUGCUAUGGACCAUGGGUAAUAACUCAUCAAUUCGAUGUGUGAGCGAUGGUAAGCAACUUCAUCAUGAUGCUCAAAAUCAUCCAAUAGUUAUGUCAAGUAAAAAUGACCAAAGUUUUAGGAAGAAAGGGAGCAUAAAGAAAAAGGGAUUAUGGGAAGGUUUGAUGUAUAUUUGGGUUAGCUUGGUUUUAGUGCUGAAGUUUAUAGGAAGGUCUUUGUGGGUAAAAGAUAAGAAGUCUGUAAUUAGUGGAAUUGAAGGGGUGGAGCUUUGGCCAAGAAAGGUGGUUACUGCCAAGUUUCAAAUUAGUGACAUGAAGACUAUCAAAAAUGCCAUCCCAAAUGUUACGAUAAAUGAUGUUUUCUAUGGAAUAGUAUGGUGUGGACUAACUAGAUAUCUCAAAAUUCGACAUCCUAAUAAUGCUUUCCAAGAUGGCUUCCAAUUUACCGGCCUAUGCCCAAUGAACUUGAGAGAACAACCGGGAGUUCAGAAUGUUUUCAAUAUGAUAUCAGAAAAUUCAAGGGCGCCUUGGGGUAACAUAUUUGCAAUGGUCCUAUUACCCAUUACUUACUUUAAACGCGACUUGAAUGCUCUAGCUUACAUUGCUCGAGCUAAGGCGGUGAUGGAUCAGAAGAAACGAUCAAUGGAAGCUCGUUUAUGUUUCGAAUUAGGGUACCUCAUAUUUUCAUUGUUUGGCUCCAAGAUUGGAGGUGAACUAUUUUACAAUCUGUUUACUCAUACAAGCUUCCUUAUGUCCAAUAUUGCUGGCCCUCUAGAACCAAUUUCACUCGCUGCCAACCCUAUCACUUUUAUAAGAAUUACGUCCUCUGCUCAAGCUCAUGCAUUCACAUUGCAUAUGGUAAGCUACGCAGGGAAGGCAGACCUACAAAUCCAAGUAGCCAAAGAAGUGAUACCUGACCCUGAAUUUCUAGCCACUUGCAUUGAAAACGCAUUGCUUGAAGCGAAGGAAGCUGCUAAUGCACGUGUCACCAAAUAAUUAGUCGUCGUCUUGCCACAUAUAGAACUACUAAUAAGGCUUACGCUAGCUUAACGAGGUUUACAAGAUUAUUGUAUAAUUUCAAUAAAUGGUAGAAGAAUAAUUAAUUAUCCUGCAUUAGUUGUUUGUUUAAUAAGAGAUACAAGUACGAAAUAUAUAGUUUAUACAAGGUUG